GCUGUCUCUUGCGGCGACAAGAAGGCGGUGAUGGCGUGGCUCGACGCCGGCGGGCGCAUCGAUCCUCCUAGUGAGGACGGCCACACAUUGCUCAUGGCGGCGGCGGCGGCGAAGGAGGUGGAGGCGGCGCGGCAGGCGAAGGAGCUGCUAGCGGAGGUCGAGGCGGAGGAGCGCUGCAAGGGCAAGAAGAGCAAGAAGAAGAAGAAGAAGGCCGGGACCGGCACGACUGGGCCGCCGCACGAGCAGGAGGAGGCCACGGUGGCGGCGGAGGCGGCGCCGAAGGAGGUGCCGCUCGAGGGGAGGCGGCGCCCGCGACGGCGCUCAUGAGGCAGGUGACGCAGAGGGCGAGAGGCGGAGGCGGCAGUCGAAGAGGCUGCUCCCGCCGCUCCGCCUCUCGAGGCCAAGGCUCGGGCGCCAAGGCGGCGCGCGCGGGAGGUGGGGUGGCGCGGCUGUGCACACGCACGGGGAACUGAGAACAGCUUACACUGUUACUGAGAGGCGAGUGAGAGCGACCAAGACGCGCGCACACACGGACACACACACCUGACACACACGCGGAUCAUUUACGUCACGACACACGAGCCGGUACCGACGACCAUGGCACCGACGCAAAUUCUCGUACGGUACGUGUAACUCGCU